UUGCAGAUCACUGUGUACGACCAAGAGAACUUCCAGGGCAAGAGGAUGGAGUUCACUUCGGCCUGUCCGAACAUCAUGGAGUGCGGCUUCGACAACAUCCGCUCCAUGAAGGUGGAGUGUGGCGCCUGGGUGGGUUACGAGCACACUGGGUUCUGCGGGCAGCAGUUCAUCCUCGAGAGGGGAGAGUACCCGCGCUGGACCGGCAGCAACGCCUACCACAUCGAGCGCCUCAUGUCCUUCCGCCCCGUCUGCUCCGCUAACCACAAGGAAUCCAGGAUCACCAUCUUCGAGAAGGACAACUUCAUCGGCCGCCAGUGGGAGAUCGCUGAUGACUACCCCUCGCUGCAGGCCAUGGGCUGGGCCAACAACGAAGUGGGCUCCAUGAAGAUCCCGUGUGGCGCCUGGGUUUGCUACCAGUACCCCGGGUACCGUGGCUACCAGUACGUCCUGGAGUCCGACCACCACGGAGGAGACUACAAGCACUGGAGGGAGUGGGGGUCACACGCCCAGACCUCCCAGAUCCAAUCCAUCAGGCGUGUCCAGCAGUAG